CUUACGGUGCGUUGAGCAGCGGUUACAUGAGCAGCUUCUCUGGAGAGAAGAGAAGCGAAGAGGAGCGGCUGAACUCUCUUGUCUCCAGACGAACCAUGCGGAGUGCGGUCACCAUGGAAGCCACCAGGAGAAGAGCCCAGCCCAGCAGUAACGGGAGGAGCCAGGAGAAGGUCCAGCCGUCCGCACAGUGGGGGAGAGCAUGGGAGGUGGACUGGUUUUCUCUGGUCAGCGUGGUCGCCCUGCUCCUCUUCGCCCCCUUCAUCGUCUUCUACUUCAUCAUGGCCUGCGAUCAGUACCAGUGCUCCGUCACCGAGCCGCUUCUGGAGCUGUACCGAGGCGAAGCCACCCUGUUUUCCAUCUGGGCCCGAGCACCCGGCUUCACUUGGACGGCGGCUCAGAUCUACGCCACGUGGGUGGCCUUCCAGCUCUUCCUGUACAUGUGCGUUCCUGAUGUGACCCACAAGUUGGUCCCGGGAUACGUUGGCGGCGUCCAGGAGGGAGCGCUGACCCCUGCUGGCCUGGUCAACAAGUACGAGAUCAACGGGCUGCAGUGCUGGCUCAUCACUCACGCGCUGUGGUUGGCCAACGCUCGCUACUUCCACUGGUUCUCCCCCACCAUCAUCUUCGACAACUGGAUCCCUCUCAUGUGGUGCGCCAACAUCCUGGGCUACGCCGUGUCCUCGUUCGCUUUCGUCAAGGCCUAUUUUUUCCCCACCAACGCCGAGGACUGCAAGUUCACCGGAAAUGUCUUCUACAACUACAUGAUGGGGAUCGAGUUCAACCCGCGCAUCGGGAAGUGGUUCGACUUCAAGCUCUUCUUCAACGGUCGGCCCGGAAUCGUGGCCUGGACUCUCAUCAACCUCUCCUACAUGGCCAAGCAGCAGGAGCUGUACGGGCAGGUCACCAACUCCAUGGUCUUGGUCAACGUCCUGCAGGCCAUUUAUGUGCUGGACUUCUUCUGGAAUGAGACGUGGUACCUGAAGACCAUCGACAUCUGUCACGACCACUUCGGGUGGUACCUCGGGUGGGGCGACUGUGUCUGGCUCCCGUAUCUCUACACUCUACAGGGUCUGUACCUGGUCUACCACCCAGUGCAGCUCUCCACCCCUCACGCCGCGGCCGUCCUCCUGCUGGGCCUGGUGGGCUACUACAUCUUCCGCUCCACCAACCACCAGAAGGACCUCUUCCGCCGCACGGGAGGCGACUGCUCCAUAUGGGGCCGCAAGCCCACCUACAUCGAGUGCUCCUACCUGUCCGCCGACGGCGGCACCCACCGCAGCAAGCUGCUGACCUCCGGCUUCUGGGGCGUGGCCAGGCACUUCAACUACACCGGCGACCUGAUGGGCUCCCUGGCCUACUGUGCCGCCUGCGGCUUCGGACACAUCCUGCCCUACUUCUACAUCGUGUACAUGACCAUCCUGCUGGUGCACCGCUGCGUGCGCGACGAGCACCGCUGCGGCAGCAAGUACGGCAAAGACUGGAGGCGCUACACCGACACCGUUUCCUAUCGUCUCGUCCCUGGGCUCUUCUAGUUUCAGCCACAAGUCACCUGUUGCUGUUGGUUCUACUGAAGGAACAGCAUUUUCCUUUCCAAUAUAGUCGAGCUGAACUGACUUCAACGCAGAUCUGGGUCUAGAAGUCAUCCAUUCACUCGCCAGACGAAUAAGCUUUGAUUCAGUAAAUAUGCUCGGGAGGAUCCCCUCAGUCGAACCAAAGAUUUUUGAUCCAAUGCAGAAGCCCUGAAUGCAAUAAAAUCCAAAUGGCCAUUGGAAUAUUUUGGCUGUUCCAGAACAGAAUUUCAUGCUAACAACUCUUUGAGGUUUCAUGAAAACGUGCCCUCAUUUUAAGAGGCCGCCAGAUGGCGCUGUCUGCUGUAAAAUGUUACAAUUUGAACAAGUCAUUCAAUGAAACUUCACACCAUUUCUCAACCAAGAGCGCCAUCUAGUAGUGUCUGAAAAUGAGGACACUGUUUCAUCAAGCCUGCGAUGCUGUUUCAUGACACUGCAUCGAGAAACUUCGGUCAGUGAAUGCACCAUGGGUUGCAAGUUGUGAUUUGUCUUAGUGGUUUAUGCAGCAUUCAACACAUUUUCCACACUUGACGCCGCAAGGUUUAUAAGGAUUUUCACUGCUGAGUCACACUUUUAGUUUCCAGCAGUGGAUAAAAACGAAAGAACAUUCCAUUAUCAGUCGUCUUCAUGUAGCUGUGGACAAUAAAUCAAGAGUUUGUCUACAGAUUUCGAGCAUUCCGCUUGAGGUCGCACCCUUCUCUUUCCUCCAGCAAACUCCGUCUUCUCAAGCCGAUACUGCCUUUUUCUUGAGUGAUGUAAAUAAAAGAUUUGCC